AUGGCCUCUUCUUUACACUUACUCGCCUCUAUUCUCUUUGGCCUUUUGUUUCUCUCAGCUCCAACUCUCUCUAGGAAUAUUAUUUUUUUGGAAGAUACACCAAUUGCACCUUCUCCUAGUGAUGACACAUCAACCUCAAUUAGCCCAUUAGGUUCCGGAGAAAUUACUAUUUCACCAUCUCCUCAAGAUUCACCGGUAGAUGUGCCAAUUAACUCACCAUCUACUGGAGAAAUUAUUAUUUCACCCUCUUCUCAAGAUUCACCGGUAGAUGCGCCAGUUAGCCCACCAUCUACUGGAGAAAUUAUUAUUUCACCCUCUCCUCAAGAUUCACCAGUAGAUGUACCAGUUAGCCCACCAUCUACUGGAGAAAUUACUAUUUCACCUUCUCCUCAAGGUUCACCAGUAGAUGUGCCAAUUAGCCCACCAUCUACCGGAGAAAUUACUAUUUCACCCUCUCCUCAAGAUUCACCGGCAGAUGCGCCAAUUAGCCCACCAUCUACCGGAGAAAUUACUAUUUCACCCUCUCCUCAGGAACAUAAACAUCAUCAUCAUCGUCAUCAACCAACACCAGCUCCUUCUCCUGAAGUUUCAAGUGAUGAACCGGAAGAUCAAUCAACACCAGCUCCUUCUCCUGAAGUUUCAAGUGAUAAUUUCUCUUUCUUAAUGUUGUAA